AUGGAACCUAUAAACAGUAGCUGGUUUCAGCCACAUAUUCUCCUUCUAGCAGGCAUCCCUGGACUGGAGUCUGUACAAGUAUGGAUCUCUAUCCCGCUGUGUGUCAUGUACCUCACUGCCAUCCUAGGAAACUGCAUCAUCCUCCUUGUCAUCAAAACCACCUCCAGCCUUCAUGAGCCUCAGUACAUCUUUCUGUCCAUGUUGGCAGCUACAGAUUUGGGUCUGUCUAUGUCAACUCUACCUACAGUACUCAAUGUCUUCCUCCUGAAUCACAGGGAGAUUGAGUUCCACUUUUGUCUGACACAGAUGUUCUUCAUCCACAUCUUCUCCUGCAUGGAAUCAGCCAUCCUCCUGGCCAUGGCCUUUGACCGGUUUGUAGCUAUUCUCAACCCACUGCACUACACCAUGGUUUUAACGCCUGCUAAGAUUACUCAGAUGGGGCUUACAGCUGUGGUUAGGGGCGUGAUGUUGAUAGUACCCUUGCCAAUCCUCCUCAAGCGACUGCCCUUCUGCAAAGAUGUCAUUCUAUCCCACUGUUACUGCUACCACCCUGAUGUGAUGAAGCUGGCCUGUGGCCCUGUCAGAGUCAACAUGAUCUAUGGAUUGUUCCUUGUCAUCUGCCCCUUUGGAAUUGACUCAGUGUUCAUUUUCAUUUCAUACAUCUUGAUUUUGAAAACAGUGCUGGGUAUUGCCUCAAAAAGUGGUCAGCUCAAGACACUUAAUACCUGCGUUUCCCACAUCUUCACUGUCUUCAUUUUCUAUGUGCCGCUCAUUGUGCUGGCCCUAAUUCAUAGGUUUGGUAAAUUCACAUCUCCUCUUCUCCAUGUCACCAUGGCCAAUCUCUUCCUUUUCUUGACUCCUGUCCUUAAUCCUUUGGUUUAUAGCCUGAAAACCAGACAGAUAAGGUCAGCAGUGCAUAAGAUAUUCAAUGGCAGGAGAAAUUUGCUCAAGUAGUAAAGUACAGCCCUACUGAAAAAGAUACCCUGUCUCUUUCUUCCACUUUCAUCUGUCUGCUUCUCUCUGGGGAAUAUGUCAUCACUUCAAGAGAUGGUCUUAUGAGAAUGAGAUAUUUUCUUCUUAUCUGCCAAGAAGAUGAUAAUAUACUUAGCUGUUUUCUAAGAAGUAAAUCUCCAAAUAUGGCACUUCAUCACACUGUGAAGAGAGAGUAGGUAUAUGUGGAAAUUGGUGUGGAAUAUAUGCAUUUUUCUUUUAUUGUUUAAAGAAAACAUGGAAUAUAUAAAUUGAAAUACUGCGGAAACAAGAUAGUUAACAGUAGUUUUCUGGAAAACAACAAUGAAACUAGAAUAUACCAACAGAAAGGAAAUAAGUUUCCUACAUUUUUGUACCCCAAACUUCAGCAUGAUGAAAUAUACCAAUA